CCAAAAAAAAAACAAAAUAAAAGGGACCGAGUGAAUUUUUUUUUGUCAUUUCUUCAGAGGACCGGCCACCGCGCCUCAGACUGACUCACAUGGCCAACCUGAAGAAGAGGGGCUCGGGCGCGCUGCGGGAGCAGGAGGAAGAGGAUGGGCAGCUGAAGGAGAGCAUGCUGGCGGCCAGUGCGAACGGGGAGCCGGGGCUGGCCCCGGGCCGGGACAGCUCGCCCGCCGCCCGGGAGCGGCAGGCGGACUCGGGCGUCGCCCUGAAGCGGACCAUCACCCUGCGGAGCGGCGUGGCCAUCAUCGUGGGGACCAUCAUCGGCUCGGGCAUCUUCAUCACCCCCACCGGGGUGGUGCGGGAGGCGGGCUCGGUGGGCUUCUCCCUCAUCAUCUGGGCGGUGUGCGGCGUCUUCUCCACCAUCGGGGCGCUCUGCUACGCCGAGCUGGGCACCACCAUCGUCAAGUCGGGGGGCGACUACGCCUACAUCCUCGAGGUGUACGGCUCGGUCAUGGCUUUCCUCAAACUCUGGAUCGAGCUGCUCAUCAUCCGGCCCAGUUCCCAGUACAUCGUGGCGCUGGUCUUCGCCACCUACAUCAUCAAACCCGCCUUCCCCGACUGUGCCGUGCCCGAGAGCGGAGCCAAGCUGGUGGCUUGUCUGUGCAUCUUGUUUCUGACAGCAGUGAACUGUUACAGUGUAAAGGCAGCUACGAGAGUACAAGAUAUCUUUGCUGCAGCCAAGCUGUUGGCUCUAACUGUUAUCAUUAUUUUGGGCUUUGUGCAGAUUUUUAAAGGAGACACUCCAAACUUGAAACCAGACCGGGCCUUUGAAGGGACAACCACAGAUGUCGGAAAAGCAGUGUUGGCAGUUUACAGUGGCCUCUUUGCGUAUGGUGGCUGGAAUUAUUUGAAUUUUGUCACAGAAGAAAUGAUCGAACCAUUUAGAAAUUUGCCUCGUGCUAUUAUCAUCUCCAUGCCCAUAGUGACUGUUGUUUAUGUGUUGACCAAUAUGGCGUACUUUACUACCCUGUCUCCUGAGUCAAUGCUACAGACACAGGCUGUUGCUGUGGAGUUUGGUAAUAUCCACCUGGGAGUGAUGGCCUGGAUUGUCCCUGUAUUUGUAGGACUCUCUUGUUUUGGUUCUGUCAAUGGAUCGCUCUUCACUUCAUCUAGGUUAUUCUUUGUGGGGUCACGAGAAGGUCACUUGCCCAGUCUCCUGUCUAUGAUUCACCCAACACAUUAUACUCCCUUGCCAUCAUUAAUAUUUACGUGCUGCAUGACUCUGAUGUAUGCAAUCUCUAAUGACAUUUACUCUGUCAUUAACUUCUUCAGUUUCUUUAAUUGGCUAUGCAUUGCAUUAGCCAUUGUUGGAAUGAUGUGGCUGCGCUACAAGAAACCAGAAAUGGAGCGACCUAUCAAGUUUAACAUCCUGCUCCCAAUCUCUUUUGUGCUAGCCUGCAUUUUCUUGAUUGUUGUAUCCAUAUGGAUGACGCCUGUGGAAUGUGCCAUUGGAUUUGGCAUAAUCUUGUCUGGACUUCCAGUCUAUUACAUUGGUGUUUACUGGCAAAACAAGCCCAAGUGGCUCUUGAAUAUAAUCUAUUCUGCAACUGUCCUCAGUCAGAAAGUUUUAGAGGUGGUACCUCAGUCUUCAUAAUAAAACAAAUUAAGCUCCUUCAGAAAAACGCACAAAAGUUCCAAGCAAAAGAGGCAUUGGUACAAGUUCCAAAGUCAACAUUUUAUUUUUAGAAGUAAUUCCUAUAUCUUCAACUUAAGGAUUGGUCAGCCAUUUUAAAAUUGGUUGAGAAAGCAUCAGAUGACCCCUUCGUUGGAAGGGACUCAAUGGUCAGCAACAGUAACGGGUGAAGAGUAUGCAGUGUGUUCUUGGUGUUUGUAUAAAUUUCUUGUGUGGCUAUUUGCACAUUGGUCAAACUGCCCAGUUUUGUUAUUGCUAAAUUUGAUAAAGAACACAAUCCUGAAAUACCAUCCUGUCUGCAAACCUGUCUGGUGAAUAGUCCUGGCUGUGGUCAGGACUAAAAUCUCAAAAUUACAUGGGAAAGAUUGACUUUUUGUUGGCCCUGUAGACAAUCUUUGUUCAUAAAUAUGGAUGGUUUGUACGUAUAACAUAUAGAUGUGAGAGAUUUAAAGAAAAUACAUUUUGUGAGCUUAAGUUUUUGUGUUCCUUUAAAUUCAGAAACUGUUUCUUGAACUCGACGCAUUGUUCCUCUGUAUUGCAACCUUUUUUAAAAAAUUUUGAACUAAUACGCUCAAAGAGUAAUUCUAUAAAUGCAGUGGCCAACUGCUCCAACUGGUUUAUCCAAUAAGCAGCUGAACUAUGUUACAGAAGGUUUGAUCUCUCAUCCGUGCUGUCAGCUGAUGUUAGCGAGAAGCAGCAAUUCAGAUGCCCUCAUCAUUUCUAGUGUCAGAAAAAGAAAAUUGGUUAAGGUUCUUUGUCAGUUUCUACUGACAGUGGGUGGUGAGGUUAAAUGUUAAGCGAUUGCAAUAUUGGGCUUUGCUGUGAUUGUCCCAUGAUUAAUUAGCUUGCUGACACUCACAGCCAAGUUCAUUUAUGAAUCAGAUGGCCAUUUAUGGAAGGUUCUGGAGGGCAACCAAUGCUUGUGGAUCCAAACCCGAGGAGGAAACAAUGCCUCCAGUUCGCACCCAAUGGUGCUUCAUGUUAUCUUGCCAGAAUCAGCGAGGCCAGUCGAAGGACACUUCAUUAGCAUGGACCACAGGGGCAUAAGGGCUCACUCAGCACACUAGCCGCCAUUACCGCACAGGAUGUCAUUCCAGGCUCAGGAGCAGACUCAAUCUUUGGAAACUGUAUCCUGUCUCUACUACCUUUCUGUUAUUUGCCUUGUGAGGGGUGGAUGGAGGUUCUGUUCCAUACACGGCAAGGGACCCCACACAAUUCUUGUGUGAUUUCAGCCUUAAUAGAUAAACAUGUAAAUACAAAGACUUUGCAUCCAUCAGUUUUGAAGGAACUUGUUUUGUAUUUAUUUUAUUAAGUUAGUUUUUGUAUACCAUCAAUACCUGCUGAAGGAGGUGUCUUUUAAAAGAUUUUUGUUAUUGUUAGGAAUUAGCUAAUUGCUUCCUUAGCCUAACCAGUCCUGUGUGAUAUAAUUUUUCCUUAAGAGGAAUUUCCCCCAAUGGCAGCCUAUGUCCUUGAAUCAUUGAUGCUAUUCUUUGAACUAUCUCUGCACUCAAUAUCCUUUCGAGAAACCCUGUAAAUUUAUCAGUGUUUGUCUUUAAAGUUGUACUUGUUUUUAAUUAAUAUAAAAAUAUUUCAGACAUAAAAAAGUUAAAUAUUUCAGCUGUAAAACCAGAGGUAUUUAUGUCUCAACUUCUCACAAUUUGUAACAUGUAAAUGUUUAUGGAGCAGUCAUUAGCUUGCACGCUACUAGUACACUCUGCUUCUCAUCUUUUGUAUUAAGUUUAUUUUUAAAACCAGUCAAAACAACAGGUUGCAUUUUUGGGCAAUUUAAGAAUGCAAGUCCUUAAAGGGAACACAGCAAGGGAAAACAUGUACUUAACUCUUCUUUUUAAAUGUUUACAAGGUGGUGUUGCUUACUGUGCAGGGAGGCUGCCUAUUUCAAGAAAUGGGCAAUUUGACUGCAAUUUCAUGAAAUGGGCAGUUUCACAAAUUGAGUGUAACAUAUAUACUGGCUAUGAGUAGCAAAUAAUUCCAGCUGUUGUGUUUAAGGCUCAGUUCUGAAUAGUGAUGUUAGUAGUGUUACAUGAAUCCCACAGGAUUGUCAAAUUGGUACUGGUGGAAAUGGAGGCCGUUUUGCCCAAAAUACAUUUCAAAUGCUAGUUAACUGAUGCAAACUUAAAUGGGAGAAAGCAUUUUUGUUCUCUGUUCUCAGAUUACAGAAUCACUCCUUUGAUGAUUCAAUAUAGUUGGUUGAUGUUGUUAAUGUACAAAAUUAUCUAGUGUUGGGGAGCAUUUUGGUGACCAUUUUCAUUUUGGUUUUCAUUCUCUGCUUUAAUACAGCAACUUAAAAUAUGAUCAAGUUGCUUAAUGGAGUUAUUGCUUACAACUGCUGUUAUGUAGAAUGCUGCACGGCUACUUGACAGCAGAAUGGAGCCAGAGCCUGAAUGGACCAUCUGUUUCAUAAUAGCAAACAAUAAUUGUACAUUUUUAUGUGUCAGCUGUGGCUCAGCUGGUAGCAAUCCUGCCUCUUUGCAGGCUCAAAUCCCACUUGAGUCUUGAACACAAAAUCCAGGUUGACUCUCCCAUGCUGUACUUGUUGGAGGUACCAUUUUCCGGAUGAGAUAAUCUGCCCCCUCAGGUGGUUGUAGAAGAUCCCAUGGAACUAUUGUGGAGAAGAGCAGGCGAGUUAUCCCUGGUGUCAUGACUAAUAUUUAUCCCUCAAUGAACAUUACAAAAAUAGAUUAUCUGGUUAUGAUCAAAUUCCUGCUUGUGAGAGCUUGCUGUGCACAAGUUGGUUGCUGUAUUUCCUACAUUACAACAGUGACCAUGCUUUACAAAGUACUUCAUUAGCUUUAGAGCGCUUUGAUAUGUCCUGGGUUCAUGAAUGAGGCUAUAGAAAUGCACUUCCUUUCUCCAUUUUCUUGCCUUUUAUUGAGAAUGUGAGAAUUUGUUGCUUAUGCACCUGGAUAAUCAGUUUUUGCCAUUGUUUGUGUGAAAACCUAGUAUUAACCGAUAAAUGUUUGUGAUGUGAAAAAUGUUUUUAUUCCAUCUUGCUGUUUUUAAGUUGAAGUUUGACACUUUCUACAUUGAAAGUACUAUGUAAACGCACAAUAUUUCAGGAUAGUCUAAAAUUUGUUUUCAGGAAAUUAUGGUUUAGAUUGCCAUUAAUGAAAUUGAGCCUUCAGUUCAUAAUUGGUUAUAACUUGUGUUGUCACAUUAUAGUGCAAUGAAAACAAAAAGCAAUUUUUUAGCCUUCAGAUAGACAAAUGCAAAUUUAAUUUAACUGCUGUAUGAUUUAGUUCGUUUACAUUUUUAAAAUAAAGCUCUAAGAGGA